GCCCCGUCUUACUGCUUGGCAAGUAAACAUGGCCGGUGUUGGCUUCAGAAGACUGGCUGAAGCUCUUGUCAGGGGCCGAAGGACUGGCGUACCAGCCCUAUUGUCCUCAUCGAGAGCAGCAUCUGGCGGUAGUGGCGAUGUGCUUGGCCCGUUUCCCAAGACUUCGGAGGAGAGAGCUGCCGCAGCCAAGAAGUACAACAUGAGAGUUGAGGACUACAAGCCCUAUCCCGACAAUGGAGAAGGCUACGGAGAUUAUCCAAUGCUUCCAAAUCGAUCGCAACACGAGCGGGACCCUUGGUACCAAUGGGACCACCCUGAUCUGAGGAGGAACUGGGGAGAGCCGAUGCACUUUGAUUUCGACAUGUACAUCAGGAACCGUGUGGACACGUCCCCCACCCCGAUUGACUGGAAAAGCAUGAGAAACCAAUUUCUUGGUUUUAUGGGCUUCAUGCUUUUAAUGUUCUGCCUUGGUGAGGCGUUUCCAUCCUAUCAGCCCGUGGCACCAAAACAGUAUCCCUACAACAACCUUUACUUGGAAAGAGGAGGAGAUCCUGAUAAAGAGCCAGAGGAAGUGAAGAAUUAUGAAAUCUAGAUGAUUCUGGUUGUGUAUGUGUACAUAUUUCUGUCUAAUAAAGACCUAUGUUG